CGCAGCUUGUGACAGAUGUCGGGCGACUGCUCUCCCCACCCGAGCGAGGAACGUGAUGGCAGCGUUUUACAGCUGACCGACACUCGACGGCUGGGCCCGCGACAGAGGAGUCCACUGCUCCGGGUACUUCCCUCUAAGGCGGUCGCGUCGGCUGCGGGCGGGAAGCGUUCGAAAGUGCCCUCCACCCUCGUCGGACACAGCUGUUUCACCUUCAAUAACAAGAGGGAACCGGACGUCCAAGAGCUCAUCCGGAAAGGAGUUGAGGUCCGUGAAAGAUCAUACUCUCCCUACUCCAAGUUCAAGGUUGGCUCCGCCAUCCUUUGUGCCGACAACACGGUGGUCACUGGGUGCAAUGUGGAGAACGGUGCACACGGCUCCAUCUGUGCAGAGAGGUCGGCUGUUGUGAAGGCAGUGAGUGAAGGAAAGAGGGAGUUCCAGAAAGUUGUUGUAGUUGCAGACAAGCUGGAGAACCAAUUUACAGCUCCCUGUGGAUCCUGUCGACAAUUCAUUAUAGAAUUUGGGACGGGAACUGAAAUAUUCCUGUCCCCACCUGAUAUGUCAGAGGUCCUUGUCACCUCUAUAAAAGAAAUUUUGCCAUUACAUUUCACUCUUACAGAUUAAAAAGAUGUUUCACUCUAUGUACUUUUUUUUAGCUUUUGUAAUAAUAAGUGAUGAUAUAAAAUAAAUAUGUGAUGGAAUUUUA